AUGAUUACAGACGUGCAGUUGGCAGUAUUUGCCAAUUUACUUGGAAUCGUAUUGUUCUUAUUGGUAGUUCUGUACCACUACGUUUCUGUCAAUCAUAUAAAGUCAUCGUAAAACAAAUCAUGAUCAAAGAUCUUCAUUCCAUAAAUUGUACAGCUGAACACAAAGUGUAUUAUGAACGAAACUAAAUCCAUCUACGAUCAAAGAUCCUACUUAAAGAUGUUACAUUUCAUCCUUGUUAUAAAUUCAAAUAUUUAUCUGUAAUUUAAUAUGUUUUUCAAAUAAACAUUAUUGUUACUUCUUA